AUGUCAGAAGAAUUAGCCAAUACUGUCUAUCUCGGGGGAAUUCCUGAAGAUGUGACUGUGGAAUAAAUCAAACACUUGUUUAUUACAUUUGGUGAAAUUAAAUCUGUAGAUUUGCCAAUAGAUAGUGAAACCUUAAAGAAUAGGGGAUUUGCAUUUAUAGAAUAUGAGGAUAUUGAGGAUGCUGAAGCUGCUAUUGAUAAUUACGAUGAGGGAGAAUUGUUUGGCAAGAUUGUAAAGGUCAAACCAGCCAAACCAUACAAACCGAAAUCAUUCUAUACCAAACCUGUUUGGCAUUCUGAAGAUUGGUAGAGGAAGAAUAAUGAGGAAUACACCUACAAGGAACGUGUGAGAAGAGAGAAGCAGAAAAAGAGGGAUGAGGAAGAAAGAAAAAAAGAGGAGGAGAAAGCCAAGAAGUAUCAGAAGAAAUAAUAAUGA